CACCCAUGUAAUCAGACAACACGACUUCUCAAGCUCAAAUCACCAACACAACUUCAUUUUUUAAAACGGACCGACUAAGGACUUUAUAGUCAUUUCGUUCGGUUAUACGGACGAAAUGGACUCGAUAUUAUCUCUAGGAUGCCUUGUUCUCUUCCUGGCUGUGUCAACCGCUCAAGUAGAAGAAUUAAUCGAUUCCAACUUCAAAGAUAAAGUGACAAGUAAACCGUAUGUUAUGAUAGAGUUCUACAGUCCAAAAUGUCCAUAUUGCCAAGCAAUGGCUCCACAAUAUGAUGCGGCAGAGGACAGGCUUKCUAAAAUCCCGGCCAUGCAAAACGCACUUCUAGUAGGAAAGGUUGACUGCACUAACGAUGCGUCUAAAUUAGCAUGUAGCAAUAUUAAAUAUGUCCCUUGGGUAGUAAUGUUUUACAGUGGACAACAAUUUAUGAAAUUUGGUAACCGAUCGCGUGAUGAAGCUGGCAUUGUGCAGUUCGUCAACGAUGCGAUUGCAACAAAGGGACRGGCACCACAGGAGGAUUUUUCAAUGCCAAAAGUCCAACCUGAAAAUACAUGCGAUCAGGGAAAUAUUAACCAAGCCUUACCCGCAGUCGCACCUACAUUGGCCCCAGGACCAACCCCUGAGGCACCCACACCYGUUAGCGUAUUAACUGAURUGAACUUUGAUACUUUUGUAAAGAGCUAUCCGUAUGUUAUAGUAGACUAUUAUACACCAUGGUGUACAGAUUGCAAGCACCUCAAACCAUUAUACGACGAGGCUGCAACAAARCURUCWCAAACAACGCCUUCCAUCAAAUUCGCAAAGGUUGACUGUAAUCAAGGAAACACAGCUACAUUUAUGACAUGUAAAAACUCCGGUCUCAAGUUCUAUCCAUGGGUUGUACUUUUCCAUGAUGGAAGACCACAAAGCUCUCUUAACAUGGAAAACGUCCCCGACGUCAAUGCCUUGUAUAACUUUAUAAACAGAGAUACMAAUAUAAUUGGAGGAGUUAUGGAGCUUGAUGACAGCAAUUUUGACCAGGAAGUUUCUGGUUUGUCUUUGGCUGUUGUUAACUUUUAUGCACCAUGGUGCUUUUAUUGUAAAAAGAUGGCUCCCGUGUAUGAAGAAUUAGCCAAAGACGAACAAGAAGCACACCCCAAAAUUCGUCUUAUCAAGGUUGACUGUAGUUCAACUAACCCUAAAACCAAGGCAAUAUGUGSAAGAAACGAUAUAUCUUUUCUACCAACACUGAAGGUGUUUGAGCACGGUAGAUUUGUGAAGGAAUACGAGGGAGACAAAACGAAGAAAGAUGGUUUAUCAGGUUUUAUAAGUGAUGUUAUCACUCAACAACAACAGCAACAAUCAGUCCGUAGAACAAUGAAAGGCAAAGAAGACGACAAGAAAGAACCUACAAAGAAAAACGUURCAAAAUCAAAAAAGAARACUUUGAAAGAUAAAAACAGCAAAAAAGAUGACAAGAAAAACACAAAGAAGAAACACARAGCAGUCGACGCGGCAAAAAUCCUCAAAAACGUUUUUAAGCAAUUUAGUAAGAAGAUUAAAAGAAAAAAGUCGAAGUCAUCCAAAAAUGAUGAUGAUGACGACGAUGAUUAUGAUGAUGAUGAUGACGAUAGAAGUAAGAAUACAUGGCAACAGGUUGCCAAGGACAUUCACCGAAUAGCAAAAGAUAUGCAUAAACUCACCAAGGAGUUUCGUAGGUCUAUGGAUAAGCAGCCAGCCGUGGACCGGCUGGUCAAAGCGUUUAGGAAAGUCAUUAAGGCUAAAGAGGGAGAAGAAGACAAAUAGAGAAGAACUGGUACUCAAAUACUUUCGAGUUUUGAUUCGCUCGGUGACAGCUGUUUAGAGGUUUUGAAUCAUCACAUGUGACCUUUCAGUAGGCCCGCAUUACUUGUCAAUAUAUUGAUUUUCGUUCUUUGUAACAAUGGUCCUCUUUCCUAAUGACGUCAUGCCAAUUGCGAURGGAUGCAUCAUGGGAUCGACAAAGCACAAACGGCAGCCAUAUUAUUUUGCUUGAACAAUAAGCAUUUUUUUUUCCCACACGCAGUUCAUUGAGCAAAAGUAUACUUAAUGUGCAGCCAUCCUGUUUGAUACUUUUCUAAACCAUCUUUGGGAUUGAGCUGAAGUGAUAGUUUAUCCUUCGGAAUUUUUAUCAAUGAAUCCGCCAUCUUGAUUUUUUAUCGAUACCAUGAUGCACUUCGCCGAAAGAAACAUGGCGUCGUUAGUGGAAAUGUAUAUUCUGUCAUAUAGUAAGGAUCUUACUUCUGAGCUUCGUGUUCCAGAUUUGAGACUGUGAGUUGAUGCUCACAAACCUCUCACCAAAAUAUGUAAUCAUUACAUUUUCCAAGGAAAACUAAUGAAAUUGUCGUUUCAAAUCUCCUUUUUGAUCAUUUAAUGCACAUUUGAGAUUGUCACUGAGCUAAAGCGAGCUCGAACAAGAGUUAGAUAGGUAUAUAAUUUGAGAUUUUUCUCAUUUUAAUCAACUUAAAAGAGUUGGUGGUUAGCUUUCGAUUGAAACUGUUAUGGAAAGCUUUGUAAAGAGCUUGGGAAAGAAACAUUGCAGGCUUGAAUAGAAACUCCUGCAUAAACUACGUGGCAGUCACGGGAUGUGYGUAAGUCACGUGGUAGGGUCAAAUAUUUUAUUAGUAAAUUCCUCUCCCUUUUUAAAACAAUCUUUAUUUUCCCAUUAUGAUUUUAUCUAAAAAAAGACCACGCUAGUGUCGCUAUUGCUAAGAAAUUUUGAAUCAGUGUGUUCGCAUGUAUUUAAUAAUAACUUAUGGCUUUUUUCAGAUGUAAUGAAAUUAAAAUUGAAAUUUUUUA